GCCGCAAAAGAGAGCACUAGGAAAAGAAGUGCUGCGGCGUUGCGAGGUGGGGGACGAGGACGAGGCCAGAACGCCCCAAAACCAAAAACCCCCAGAACCCCGACCUAGGGUUACGCCAUCGCCAUGGGAUCUGUUGCCUCCGCCGCUGUGCCACCACCUCCUCCUCAAUCAGCGCUGCCUCAGGCGGGCGCGCCGCCCUACGGGCCCGGGCUCGCCGGGAUCCUCCCGCAGAUGUCGAAGGGGGAGGAGAAGAAGGAUGAGAAGGUGGACUACCUCAACCUCCCCUGCCCCGUGCCCUUCGAGGAGAUCCAGCGCGAGGCUCUCAUGUCUUUGAAGCCUGAACUUUUUGAAGGAUUGAGGUUUGACUUCACAAAAGGAUUGAAUCAGAAGUUUUCUCUUAGCCACAGCAUUUUUAUGGGCUCCUUAGAAGUUCCAGCCCAGGCAUCUGAAACUAUUAAAGUUCCAACUGCACAUUAUGAAUUUGGCGCCAAUUUUUUAGAUCCAAAGUUAAUGCUCAUUGGAAGGGUGAUGACAGAUGGAAGGCUUAAUGCUCGUGUGAAAUGUGAUUUGACAGACAAUCUGACGUUGAAAGUAAAUGCACAGCUUACCCAAGAGGCACAUUACUCACAAGGGAUGUUUAACUUCGACUACAAGGGAAGUGACUAUCGAGCACAAUUCCAAAUUGGGAACAAUGCAUUCUAUGGUGCAAAUUAUAUUCAGAGUGUUACUCCGAACCUAUCAAUGGGAACUGAAAUGUUCUGGCUUGGUCACCAAAGGAAGUCUGGAAUUGGUUUUGCCUCUCGCUAUAACACAGACAAAAUGGUGGGCACUCUACAGGUCGCAAGCACUGGAAUAGUUGCCUUAAGUUAUGUCCAGAAGAUUUCCGAGAAGGUUUCCCUUGCGUCUGACUUCAUGUAUAACCAUAUGUCAAGAGAUGUAACUGCCAGCUUUGGUUAUGAUUACUUGCUUAGGCAGUGCCGCCUAAGAGGCAAAAUAGACUCGAAUGGUGUUGUUGCCGCAUACUUGGAAGAGAGGUUGAACAUGGGUGUCAACUUCCUUCUAUCUGCUGAGAUUGACCAUUGUAAGAAGAACUACAAGUUUGGUUUUGGAAUGACCGUAGGAGAGUAAUUCUGCCAAAACAAUUGCUGUGAGCGCACAUGAGAUACUUAUGCAGUCGGCUUCGCGCGUAUGUUGACUUGUUAAAGAUAUUUCAGGUCUCAGUUUUGACUGAUCAGGUUUUGCCAUUGCGCCGUGGAAAAACACAGGCCGUUGCUGCUUUACAGGGUUUUGUAUUUCAGUGUUUUUUCAGCUACUUGAGCAUGGGGGCCAUGAUUCUUUGUUCAUCUUGGAUGUAACUAGCUGAUUGGUGUUCCAACAAUGUUGUAUUGGCGGAACAAUUUUUACCUUUUU